AGACACCUUGGUCUCAGCCUGCAGAUAUUAUUGAGUUGCAUCCUAAGAAAAAGACAGUCUGCUGCUCACCAUGGCUAGGAGUGCCUACUUCAUCCUGCUCUCGUGUCUGAUGGUCCUGUCUCCAAGCCAAGGCCAGGAGGCUGAAGAAGACCUGCCAUCUGCCAGGAUCAGUUGUCCAGAAGGUUCCAAUGCCUACAGCUCCUACUGUUACUACUUCAUUGAAGAUCGUUUAACUUGGGCUGAUGCAGAUCUUUAUUGCCAGAACAUGAAUUCAGGCAACCUGGUGUCAAUUCUCAGCCAGGCUGAGGGCAACUUUGUGGCCUCUUUGGUUAAGGAGAGUGGUACUACAGAUGCCAAUGUCUGGAGUGGCCUUCACGACCCUAAAAGGAAUCGUCGUUGGCACUGGAGCAGUGGGUCUCUGUUUCUCUACAAAGCCUGGGCAACUGGGUCUCCUAACAGUUCCAAUCGUGGCUACUGUGCAUCUCUGACUUCAAACACAGGAUACAAGAGAUGGAAAGAUGACAACUGUGAUGCCCAAUAUUCAUUUGUCUGCAAGUUCAGAGGCUGAAGACACCUGAAAAAUAUAAUCAUUUUGAGCCAGAACAGAAAAUACUAUGGAGUUAUAAAUUAAACUGGACCAUCUAUCAAAAGCAAAUUAAACCCUCCCUUCCUGGACAGGCAUUCUUACAUCACUGCCCUAUGGUAUCUUUAUCUCCAUUACUUUCUGGAACCCUGUACAACUGAAAUAAAAAUACUUUUACAAUGUUGCA